AUGGUAGAUUGCGAGGCCAAGGGGGAUGAAUGCGUGAUUGUCGCUUUGGUGAGCCGCAACUGCCGCGUCUGCCACAAGAACCGCAGGGUCGCGACAGUCCGUGACAGUUCUGCAAUUAGCGUGAUUCCGCGCGCGCUCUCCGGGAUUCGCAAUUUCAAAACCAAAAUGGAGCGAAAAUAUCAGAGAGUCGGUUUGGGAGUGGGUGCAUUUCACAACCCCCCACGAGCGAAGUAUAGCGAGGAAACGAAGAAUCUUAUUAAGCUGUUAAUGGAGGAAUCCAAGCUAUCGAUGAUGCAAAGGAAAAUGAUCCAGGAGGCGGUAGACAAGGGUGAAUCCUUACCGCCUUCCAUUGCCAGAACGAAAAAAGCACAAGAUAAAGUUGAAGAUUAUCAAGUUAAAUUUCCUAAUGCUUGGAGGAGGCGUUCACAGGAUACAAUUAUAAGCAGCGGUGCUUACGAGAGAGAACAAUACAGGAGGACAGCGCCUUUACCCAAUAAGGAUAAACAAAAGCGUCACUUGGCAUGUAUGAUGGCUUUUGGAAAGGACAUGCCAGAGACUCCUCACGGUCCUAAGAUCCUUCACAGGGCUAAACGGGAGCCGGAAAUACCUGAGAACGCGGAUUUUCUGAAUGACUUGGCACAAGGAAUCCGUGAGAGGAUGGAUUUCUUGCACGAUAUGGAGAGUCUUGGAAUGGGGAAGAAGUAUCGGCCAAUAAUACAGCAAGAGAUAGCGCAGAAAAUACGGCUAAUGGAGUCGCUGGACAGCCAAACGUCCGAUCAGUUACGAAAAGAAAUUUACGAAGUUAAGGACGAAAGACCGUCGUCGAAAUUAUUUCCAUUGACUGAACCAGGGCAGAAUUGA